UACCAGCCAACAUCAUAUAAUCAUCACAGUUCGUCACCAUUGUUCAACAGGACACGAGGUUCAGCACCAGCAUUUAUUAUUUACCUCUCAGUAAGUCAGCAACGAUAAUAAGCAAGUCCUCUGAAUCCACUACCAUUUCAAAGCAUUUACUUACUCGCAGCAGAUUUAUUUAUCACGUUGCAUCAUAAUCAUCUUCAUCUCAUCCUCCUCCUCCCUUCUUCUCAGGUUUUGAGACUGUCCUUGUUGAGGUCAACCAAAUCAAUUUAACUACUUACUCUUCUGCCAACCAAACAGCAUUGAUCAACCUGAUUUGAAUAUCACCGAUCUCUUCAAAUUAAGGAAAUUAAUUUAUUCACCCAAUAAGAACGAGACUGUAAGAAAUUGAUACGACGAUAGUGAUAUCAUCCUGUUGGAUCAGGACAAAGUUAAAGAUUUUCGUGGCAGUUCAAUGAUCGUGCUCCCAUAUAAUCAUUCAAAUUUCAGACAUCUUUGAUCGUAUGGAGAGAGACGACUGAAAUCUUGCGAGUGCAUUUCUGUCUGUUAAAUUGUGUUCAUUUCACGGAGAAAGCAAUUUAUUCGAAUUUUGAAACUCAACUGGGAAGCUUAGUUUGAUAUAGUAAUUUGCAUAAGUUGUGAAUUAAAAUCAUUAAUUACUGCCUCUCAUAUAGUACUACAUUGAAUUUAGUAAAGUCAUCAAAUAAAUACAUCGCACCAGGAGUAAAACAACAGGCCGUGCAGAACGUUGACUUAUUUGUUUCUUGUUUAUUCUUGAGCCAAAGUUCCCUGACAUUUUCCAUGUACUCGAAGAAGCAGAAUAAUUUGUUACAUCGCUGACGGAACUGAUCAGCACUUUCAUUCAAAACUAAACUCGCCCGAUUAAAUUAUUCAGCUACAAGUCCGGAUUCUCAACUUCCCCGUCCGCACUCCCUGCAGAAUUGAAGCUGUUGAAGGAAGUCCUUAAUUUGUUCGAUCGAGCCGGAUAUUGUUCUCCACAUAUUGGGACAUGGUCCAAGGAAAAAUUGACUAGCUACAUCUUGACAAGGAAGGAAGGAAGGAAUUCGCAGCCCAUUUGAGUGGGUAUUUUUUCCCGUGGGGCUGAAACCAUUAACGCUUCCAAAAUUCGGGUGAAAAAUAGAGAUCCGGUCCCCUGCUACCCAUCUGACAUGGAGAACCACCAUGAAAGUGAAGUUGAAGGUUCUCUGUCAGGAGCAGAAAACGAGCACGACAUGAGUGAAGAGGAGGACGAUGACGGAUCCCGGAUUUCCAACAACUCGCCCCGUCCCCCUGAAAUUAAAUUUAACCCUGCAAUGAUUGAUCCUGAAAUGAUCACAAAAUUGAAACAGGGUGUUCCGUGGGCCACCGAUGAUGUAGAUCGGUCCAUGGGACCAUUUUUCUUCCCAUCGCCUCACGUGCUGGCAUCUCAGUUGGCAGCAGCAGCCGCAGCCGUUGCAAAGGACAAGGACUCACACCGAGACCGAUCGCCGCCCCUUCGAUUCACAGAUGAAGCCCACACCUCAAAUCAAACUCUUGGAGGCUCUGACUCUUCUACUUCAUCGACGUCUAGCCAGCAAACUUGGAGUUUUGCUGAGCAGUUUACACAGUUGUACGAGCUGAGCGAUGACAUGAAGAGGAAAGAGUUUUUGGACGAUCUGUUUUCGUUCAUGCAGAAACGAGGGACGCCAAUAAACAGGCUUCCUGUGAUGGCUAAGAAUGUUCUGGACCUCUAUGAAUUAUAUAAUCUGGUCAUCGCUCGUGGCGGACUUGUGGAUGUUAUUAACAAAAAACUAUGGCAAGAAAUCAUCAAAGGGCUUCAUCUUCCGUCUUCAAUCACUUCGGCUGCUUUCACACUCCGGACGCAAUAUAUGAAGUACCUGUACCCUUAUGAAUGCGAAAAGAAGAGGCUGAGUACUCCUGCAGAGUUGCAAGCAGCAAUUGAUGGAAACAAACGAGAAGGCCGCAGGGCGAGUUACGGUCCUUAUCCUGAUAUGUUGCACAUGUUUCAGAUAUCGCCAUUAAGUCUUGUUGGAGGAAGACCUCAAAUGAAUGGGAACGGGCAUUCCAUGCACUCCACAAGCCCAAACUCACCACCAAACUCUGCAGCAACGCCAAAUGCACGUGAUGCAUUAGCAGCGCUUGAACUGUCCAGAUUAACCUUGUGGAAUCUUUAUGGGGGUGGAGCAACGCUUCCAGAAAGCAAAGCACCACCACAGCAAGAAGCAUUAAAUCUUGAAGUUCCGACCCGAAAUUCCGAAGGGGCACAGACGCCGAAAGUACCUACUACAUCACACUCCAACAACAUCCCAACGUCUCCCCGAUCCACCGUGUACACGCCCGAGAAGGAGAAUGGAAAGCGGCAUGAUCGACAUGAUCAUCACCACAAUAAUAACAACAACAACCAUCACGCCGCACCCCCACCGCCGAAACGGUUGGCAAUGGACGACCCCGACACACCUCCAAGAAGCAUCUCAAUACCAGCCUUGACUGGGGCAAACAUCAAAAUAAAUUCUCGCGGAGAUGGAAGAGACUCAUCUCUCGUCGUUUCCAUGGAAAUCAAUGGAAUCAUGUACGUUGGUGUGUUAGAAAGAAUGUCUUCCGUGAACCGAUAAUCAUCCAGCUAAUCUCAUUGGAUUCUGGAUUCAUUCAUGGAUUAGUAGAAAUCAGACUACAUAAUUAUUAUACAAUAAUUGUAUUGUAGUAGUUUUAUUUGAAUAGAAGUCAACAGUCACCAGAGUCGUCUAAACCCUCAUUGCACAAUACAUUGGGUAGUAGAGGCAAUAAUCAUAGUUGGCAGACAUCACUGCAAUAUUGUAAUAGUGCAAUUCACUCAGAUUAUCUUCGGCUACUUUUUUCCCAUCUGCACUUUUUUUAUUUUUCCAGUAUUUUCAAUUUUUGUAGAUAUGCUGUGCCCAAGUUAUUUGAGUCAUACAGUUUUCAAAAGCACAUGCGAAAUUUAUAGUACAUAUUUUGUUGAAAUAUUUUAUUUAAUGGGCAAAGUGAGGAAGGAUAUAAUAGUUUGCAUUUUUAAAAUAAAAGGCUUAAGCACUCUAAUCAGUCAGGUUUAAAAACGGGACUUGAAGUUUUGUGGGAUGCAUUACUUUUAUUUUAUCUGCGUAUUUAAUAAUUAAAAUCCGAGUUGUUACAAGCAAUCAUCCUGCAUUUUUAAGAAAAUAUUUUAUACGACAUGGUUUAAAAGUUUCCAUUAUUUUGUGUAUGAAAUUCGAGUAGGAAGAAAUUAGGCGAAUUUUGAAUGGCUUUAUCAAGAAUUAUCCCGAGGAUGAGAAGUUUAAGGGAAUUUAAUAACAUCAAAAGAAAAUCCUACUCGACGAACCUGUCGGUCAAUAUUAAGUUAGCUCCAUGCAUUUCACAAUAUGAGUACUUUGAUCUCCAAGUUAUACUGUUCACAUUUUAACGCAUUUUUGACGGUCAACAUGGACUUGCUUCUGUUCAUGACCCGACAUACACUGGAUGUCUGAGCAGGUUACCUAGGCCUGGAUGGCACUUGAUUUUUUUAUUAAGCCAAGUGUCGGUUUUGUAUUAAUAUCAGUUAUGUGUGCUUAUCUUAGAUUUGUGUGAUUGUAUCUUGUAUCGUGGUACUUUUUACCUUGAGUCAAUUAUUCUGAUUCAAAAAAUAUUACCGUGCGGUAUUAAAUCGUAGUAGAUGAGUUAGUCGACAAUCAUUGUAUGACGUUGUCGAGUCGAGAUAGAAGGUCUGUCUGUACAAUUAUAGCCAUAACUUCCGCUUAUAAGGUCGUAGUCGAUUUGGGUUUACCUUAAACAGUUAAUAAUAAUAUCGUUAUUAUCCAGUUUUCUACUACCUCCAAGAAUCAGUGUGCAAUUGUAGAGUUUAGUUGGACUAAAUAUAUCCACAUGUAUACACAUCAUCAUCAUCAUUAAAUAAUGUCUAUGUAUUACUAUAUAUUAUGUAUUAGUAUAAUUAUUAUUAUUAUUAGCAUUACAUAUUGUUUUACAGUCUUGUGCUAGACAUGGUUUUGUGCUUCACUCCUAGUUUCACGGUGAUAAAUGAACUACAAAUACUACUAAUAGGAGUGAUGUACAGCACAUUUUGUAGAAAUAGUUCCCAGAUAGUUGUAGAUUUAAUAGUCCGAGUUACUUAUCUCAAUAUCUGUUGUGUUACCAUUACGAUAGAGUGCAUAAUUAUUUAUUGGAAAACUCGCAUAAUACUAUCUGUAGGUUGAUGUCUUUGGAAAUAUAUACAAAAGUAUUUAAUUUGUGCAUUUCAUGAUUUUAUUAUUAUAUUUUAUGUCAAUGCAAUUAUUCAAGGUACAAGUUUGAAAGGUAACAUGUAAUUUUCAUAUGUGUUAAAAUGUUUUGUAUUCUUAUGUUUUAAGAAAUGAGUUCCUGUGUCAUGUUGUUGUUUAUAUAAAUGCUUAGAAAAUAAUAGAGCUUUGACUUAUAAAAAAAUAGCCAGGGCGAUGGCAAUUAAAGUUACACCACGUUACUACG